UAUACCAAAGGUGAAGGCGGGUACGGUGAUCACGAAGCUGCUGGUUAGACCACUCUAAAUGAGCGCAAAGGACCUCAAAGUUAGUAGUUACUGAUAUCUAGACUCUGGAAAAGAACGCAGUCAUGGAGGAUACUAGAAUGUCCAUCAAUGGAGGAGAAGAAAAGCUCAAUUCAGCAGCAGAAGAUGCUCCAGGUCAGGAACAAGUCGAUGGAGACAGAGCGGCAGAGAUGAGGAAGAGAAUGGAAUCAUGGCUGAAUCAACCGAUGAGGAUACAGAUGACAGAUGGGAGGACACUGGUUGGCACGUUCAUCUGCACCGAUAAGGAUCGAAACGUUAUAUUGGGCUCGUGUGAGGAGUAUGUGAACCCUCCAGAUUCACCUGAUAAAGAAGAACCUAGAGUGCUAGGACUGGCCAUGGUACCUGGUCAACACAUAGUCAGCAUAGAGAUUGAUGAAGCAAGUAACUCACCGUUAUGACAGACAUAUCCAGGAAAAAAGAAAAGGGUGUGAAAUUUGCAGGUUUUGCACAUUCUCCACUCCACGUAUCAGCCAGGUACCAAUAUACAGAUAUGCUGACAAAAGGAUAUUGCGCACACCAUAUAUCAACAGUUACAUUCUACUGUGUACGAAUUUAACAACUCUAUGGAGCAGCAUGGUAAAUGAAGACUUGACGUUUUGGCGAAGUACAGUAUUGAUGCCAGACUGCAUUUUGGGAUCCGAUCCUACCUGGUUAUCAAAGACUGGUGUCUUGCACACAAGAUAAGAAGCUAGGGAGUUGGGACUAUUUGUAACAAAAACAUUUUUGUUAAUUGAUUGUGCGACAAAAUCAUUUCUGUUGAUUAAUUUUGUUACAAAGUCAUUAUUGUCAAUUGUGUAUUCAACAAAAUCAUAUCUGUUGAUUGAUAUUGUAACGAAAUUAUUAUUGUCAAUUGUCUUUGUAACAAUAUCAUUGCUCUGCAUAAAUUUUGUCGCAAAAAUCAUUGAUGUUUGAUUUUGUAACAAUAAGAAUUGCAGGGUAUUUUGUUCAAAAUCAUUUGGUUUGUAAUGAUGGUAACAGAAUACAUGGGUAUUUUACAUCAAUAGGGAUUUUGUAUAGGACUUUCCCAGGGAAUUCAAUGCGCAACUAUCAUUACCACCAGCUUAAUUCAAGCUAGAUGAAUUUGGGGAUUAGGGAUGUACUCUUGGAGCAAAUGGAGUUUAGUUUGAGAGAGAUGAUAUCUGGUAUACCGCCCUCUCGUGGUAAGAAUUAAGAAUUGUACUUGUACUAGUAAGUCAUUUCUAUAACUUCCUGUUUAAUGAGGAAGAAAGGGGGUUCCAUGACAUUUGCUCUGGCGACAAUUCCUCCGUUUAAAAUUCCACACACUAAUGGAAUGACCAACUUCAGCCCUGGGUUUACCACUAUGCCCUCUUAAACCUAAGCCUAAAUCGGAAAAAACCCUCUUGUAACCGCCAGAGCAAAUGUUGUGUCACCAGAAAGGAUGAUACCUUUAUUUGCCAUUGUGUAAUAUUUGCAUUAGAAAUUAUACACUAAUUUGAUGAAUCUAA